AAAAAUACUGACUUUGUUUAAAUAAAUAUGCAUACAGGAGCACGAGCCAUGAUUCUCAGCCGAUUUCACCGUCAUGUGGAGAUAACGACUACCUACUAAAUUUACAGCAUACGGCGAUUUCCACACCUAUAUCCGAAGAUAUCAAAUUAAUGGGCAUGAAUCCAAUACUUACGCAUCACAUGCAUAAGAGUUAUCGACAUUUUGCAGCGGCCGCUGAAUUGCAUCUCAAUCAUCUGCCACGCAAAUUUAAGGUGGAUUCUGCAAGCCACAAAAAUAUUCGAUUGCACGAGUAUCAGCAGACAAGAUACCAUGCCUAUCCUCAAAGUUAUAUAGCUCAACAGCAAUACCAAUUAUACCGCCAACAAAAUCGGUAUCUACACAAUCACAGUCACCACCAUCUGCCGUACGCAGCUCAUCAAAUAGAUUGCAGUAAUAGAAGUAGCAGUCCGCAAACGCCUGUCUUUAUGCCCGGCCGGGAGAAAUUCUUGAUAAAUAACCUCGGGAAGCACUGUCGCAAUCUGUGGAAAAACGAUCUAAGGUCUCCUCCAAUAAUAACGUCAUCGUCCACAACUGAAAAAGACGAAAAGCAAUAUAUACCAUUUAAGCCGGCGGACGGUGAGAAUAUAUUAUCUGACGCAUUACACCAAACGGAGGAACGAGUCAAGGAACUAUCCAAAGAAAAUUCAAACCUAGAUUUGAGAGAAAAUGCUGUCGCCAAUGAAGUGGACGCUGAACAAAAUAACGCAAUUUUAUCAAAUAAAGGCCAGCAGCUAGAACGUGAAUGUUCGAAAAAGUUAUGAAGUUAGGA